AUGAGAAUUAGUAUUCGAGACGCCUCCUGGGUCACCCUGACAACCCUUCUUACCUCCACUUCGUUUAGAAUUGAGCUUGAGAACUCUCAAUUGAAAAAUGAGGAUUUGGAGGAGAUUCUGGAGAAUUGGAAGACAGCUGGAGGACUUCAGAAUCUGGAGUAUCUUAAGAUUUCAUAUAAGAAGAUUGAUGUUGAAGCAGAUGAAACUGAUGAGAUUAUUCAAAGUGAUGAUGGAGAGAAGAAAGCGAUUAUUUCUUGGAAAACGCGUUGUUUUGAGAUGAAAGUCGAGAGAAAAUAA